CCCGGCAUAGGAUGAAGAGGGAGGUCUGUGGUGUGCCGAGCGUUGUCCGGUGAGCAGCUCCCCCACAGGCCAGUAUCUUCCCAGACCGGCUGGAAGGCGGGAGUGUGGCGCAGACCCCCAUCUCCGGACCUCGACCAGGGACUCCGGGCUCUGAAGGCAACGAGGAGGCACAGACGGCAGUAGAGUGAGAGUCUUGAGAGGGACGUGUGAACAUGACGGAGAUCAGGUGCCCCCUCCUCUCCCUCCUGGUUAUCGUGGCGACCGUGUGUCUCCACGGCAACGAGGCUCAGUCGAAAGAGUGCACCAAGACGGAGCUGGCAGACAUACUCUUCCUGGUCGACGGCUCCACCAGCAUCGCGGAAGGAGAGUUUCAGAGCAUGCUGAACUUCAUGAAGUCCAUCGUGAACGCGAGCACCGUCGGCGAGAAGGAGACGCGUUUUGGCGUCAUCCUCUACUCGACCGCACCCAAGUCCGUCUUCACCCUCAACGAGUAUUCCUCCAAGGGGCAGGUGUUGGAGGCCAUCCAGGCCCUCCAGUUGCCCACCGGGGACACCUACACAGGCAGCGCCCUGGCCUACACCCUGCAGUUCUUUGAGGUGCAGCACGGCGGGAGGCGGCCCUCCAAGGUGCCCCAGAUCCUCAUGGUGAUCACCGACGGCGAGGCUACAGACCCGCACAACCUGAAGGCUCCCGCCGAGGCGCUCCGCGAGAAGGGAGUCAUCGUGUACAGCAUCGGCGUGAAGGGCGCCACCCAGAAGGAGCUGGAGACCAUCUCCGGGAACCCCACCCGGGUCUUCUUCGUGGACAACUUCAUCGACCUGGAAACCCUCUCCAAAGAGAUCUGCAUCGACACCCCUCCUGGGUGUCAGAAGCAGAAAGCUGACCUGGUGCUGCUGAUCGACCAGUCUGGAAGCAUCUCCGACGCUGACUACAGCAUCAUGAAGAACUUCACGAUCAGCCUGAUCAGGAGCUUCAACGUCAGCCAGGAUCUGGUGCGUGUGGGCGUGGCCCAGUUCGACAGCAACCCGCGGCACGAGUUCUACCUGAACCAUUUCGCCACGGAGGCGGAGGUCACCAAGCACAUCCUGGCCAUGGUGCAGCGAGGUGGGGGAACCAAAAUUGGACGCGCCCUGGCCUUCAUCAAGGGGUACUUCCAGAAGUCCACGGGGAGCCGCGUGGGGGCGGGAGUGUCCCAGAACCUGGUGCUGAUGACGGACGGCCACUCGGAGGACGACGUGGGGCCGCCGGCCGAGGAGCUGUGGAGGAUGAGGGUCGAGAUGUUUGUCAUCGGCGUCGGCGCCAUAGACCAGCAGCAGCUGAAGGAGAUCGCGAACAAGCCCUUCACCGUUGAGAAUUUCAGCUCGCUGGCCGACAUCAAGACGAAUGUGGUGCAGACCAUCUGCGACUCCGUGGCCCCCGAGUGUCAGAAGCGGAAAGCUGACCUGGUGCUGCUGAUCGACCAGUCUGGAAGCAUCAACGACGCUGACUACAGCAUCAUGAAGAACUUCAUGAUCAGCCUGAUCAGGAGCUUCAACGUCAGCCAGGAUCUGGUGCGUGUGGGCGUGGCCCAGUUCGACAGCGCCCCGCAGCACGAGUUCUACCUGAACCGGUUCGCCACGGAGGCGGAGGUCACCAAGCACAUCCUGGCCAUGGUGCAGCGGAAAGGGCAAACCAAUAUCGGAGAGGCGCUGAAAUUCAUCAAGGGGUACUUCCAGAAGUCCACGGGGAGCCGCGUGGGGGCGGGAGUGUCCCAGAACCUGGUGCUGAUGACGGACGGCCACUCGGAGGACGACGUGGGGCCGCCGGCCAAGGUGCUGCUGGGCAUGGGCAUUGAGACGUUUGUCAUCGGCGUCGGCGCCAUAGACCAGCAGCAGCUGAAGGAGAUCGCGAACAAGCCCUUCACCGUUGAGAAUUUCAGCUCGCUGGCCGACAUCAAGACGAAUGUGGUGCAGACCAUCUGCGACUCCGUGGCCCCCGGCCCUCCUCCUACUCCUCCUCCCUCAGACCCAGCCUGCAGUAUCGACGUGGCCGUGGGUUUUGACCUGCCCAUGCCCUCCGGGUCCCAGCUGCUGGUGGCCGGUCUCCCCCUACUCCGGGCUGCCCUGCCAGAGAUCCUCCGCUCUGCGGCCUCGAUCCAGGGCCUGUGCUGCGUCCGCCACGCCGUCACACCCAACUUCGCCUUCCGGCUGGUGGGCCGCGCCGGGCAACUCCUGGACGACGUUGGCUUCGAGCCGUUCAGCGAGGCGGUGCUGGAGAAGGUGCUGAAGCUGCGGACGUCGGAGCCCACCUACUUCAACACGGCCCUGCUCACCUCCUUCCAGGAGAAGUUCGCCACCCAGUCCAAGGCCAAGGCCAAGGUGCUCAUCGUCUUCACAGACGGUCUGGAUGAAGAUGUGAGGAGGCUGAAGGAUCAGUCUGAUCGGCUGCGUCGUUCUGGGGUGAAUGCCCUGCUGGCGGUGGCGCUGGGCGGUGUGCGUGACUCCAGCCAGAUCCAGAUGGUGGAGUUCGGUCGCGGGUUUGGCUUCACGGUCCCGCUCAGUGUGGGCAUGCAGAGCGUGGGCCGCACCGUGCUCAGGCAGAUAGGCGCCAGGGGACCCCCAGGGGACAGGAACAUGUCUUCUGCUGCCAAGACACACACACACACACACACACACACACACACACACACACACACACACACACACACACACACACACACACACACACACAGACAGACAGACAGACAGACAGACAGACAGACAGACAGACAGACAGACAGACACUCACACAGACACACACACACAGACAGACACACACACAGACACACACACACACACACACACACACACACACACACACACACACACACACACACACACACACACACACACAGACAGACAGACAGACAGACACACAGACACACAGACAGACACACACAGACACACCCACACACACACACAGUUCUUGGCUCUGCCCCCCCAGGCUCCCCCUGCCCGGCCUACCCCACUGAGCUGGUGUUCGGUCUGGACAUGUCACAGGGCGUCACGCCGGCCGCCUUCGAGCGGACGCGCGGGGCCCUGCUGGCGCUGCUGGAGGGCGUCGACGUCGCCGAGAGCAACUGCCCCAAGGGGGCGCGCGUGGCCGUGGUGGGCUACAGCGCCCACACCAAGCACCUGGUCCGUUUCCACGACUACCGCUCUAAGAAGCAGCUGCUGGAGCUGGUGCGGAACGUCGCCCUGGAGCGCACGAGCAACCGCCGCCGUCUGGGGGGCGCCAUGCGCUUCGUGGGCGCCCACGUGUUCAAGCGUGUGCGCCGGGGCCUGAGGGUGAGGAAGGUGGCCGUGUUCUUCAGCCACGGCCCGUCGCAGGACGGCGACGACAUCGUCACCGCGGUGAUGGAGUACCGCGCCCUCGACAUCGUCCCGGCCGUCCUGGCGCUCGAUCGGUGCGAGGAAACCCGGAAGGCGUUCGAGGCCGACCACACGGGCAGCUCUGUGUUCCUGACGCUCGGCCACUCCCGGAACCUCACCAGCGACCUGGAACCCAUCAAGAGAUGCGUCAUCUGCCACGACCCCUGCCGCCCUCAGGCGGGCUGCGUCAGUGGCCCCGGGGCCCCGGGCCCCCAGGUCCUGGACGUGGACCUGGCCCUGGUGGUGGACGGCUCCAGGGAGGUCCCGGCCCACCUCUACUCGGGUCUCCGGGAGCUGCUGGGUUCGGUGGUGGAGCAGGUGGCCGUCAGCGCCCAGCCCCGCCAGGCCGACGGCAGGGCCCGCGUGGCCCUGGUCCAGCAGAGCGGCCACUCCCGGGCCCCGGCGGCGGGCCAGCAGGCCGCCACGGUAGAGUUCGGUCUGCUGAGCGCCCUGGGGAACAGCCAGAUGAAGAGCCACCUGCUGGAGAGGAUGACCCAGCAGGGGGGCCCCUCGGCCCUGGGCCACACCCUGGAGUACGCCCUGAGGGAGGUGCUGCUGAGGGCCCCCAACCCCAGGAAGCACCGCGUGCUGCUGGUGGGGGUGGGGACACAGACCUCCAGCUGGGACCAGGACAAGCUUCGCCGGGUGGCGCUGGAGGCCAAGUGCCGGGGGGUGGCGGUGCUGGUGGUGGCCCUGGGGGACAGCUACAGCCAGGAGCAGGUGGCCGAGCUGGCCAGCGGCCCCCUGAAGCAGCACCUCCUCUGCCUGGGCGGCCUGGGCCCCGAGGAGCAGGGCUACGCCCGGCGCUUCAUCGCCACCUGGCUCUCCGUGCUCAGGGAUGGGCUGAACACGUACCCGCCGGUCUCUCUGAAGGAGUCUUGUGAACUGCUCCACCACAUAGAAAGACGGGUUGAGCAGGUGUCUGUGGACCCGUGGGAGGAGCAGAGCGGGAGCAGCCCUGACACAACUCUGCAGGACCAGGCCGACCCCGGCUGGUCCGUGCUCAGCGCAGACGCAGGGCUCUUCCUGAGAGCCACGCCCAAUGCCCGGUGUCAGCUGGCUCAAGACUCUGGUUCCCACUGCUCUCACUAUGCCCGCCGCUGGUUCUAUGACCGCGUCCUGGGGGCCUGCGCACACUUCUGGUACGGCGGCUGCGGCGGCAACGAUAACCGCUUUGACACGGAGCGCGAAUGUCGCAAGACAUGUGUCACUAAGAUUGAUUCCUCUCUACUGGGACAGAUUCAAAGCAGGAAUCACAGAAAGGCCAGCUGCUCCCUGGGCCAGGAAAUGGGGCCGUGUCAGGACUACGUGAUGCACUGGGCCUUCGACGCGCAGCGGAGAGAGUGUACUCGCUUCUGGUAUGGCGGCUGCGGCGGGAACAGCAACCGCUUCGCGACGCGAGAGGACUGUGAGGAACUCUGUCUGAACCGGCGGGGGUAGAACUGCGCUCGUCUCAGGACCGCCAGACCGCCCUGAACCCCCCCCCCCCCCCCCCUCAGCCAAAGAUGACCUCCAAUGGUCGUAGCUUCACAUCGGCCCAUGAAAAGAUGUCUAUGUCUAAAUGUCUACAUUUAUCGUUUUGUAUCUUGUCCUGAAUCCAUAAUCUCACUCUCCCACCCAACAUGAGUGUUUCCUACCGUCUACCAUCCUGCCGUCUGAGCGUGUGCGGUCUCAAAGUGUUCCUCCCUGGGUCUAAACGGGUCUCGGGACCGGCCGGACAGACCCAGAGCCUCUGUUCCUAUUCCAGAGGACCCGGUCUGGGGGUCCCCUUCAGGCUCUGGCGGUGUGGACGACGGUGUGAGGAUCACCCCCAUCACAUCGUUCAUUCAACCAUGCACUGGUGCUACGUGUUAAUAAAAAAAGUAUGGAAUCCUG